AUGCAGAGUAAGAUCUUCGAGCCGGCGCCUCCUGGCAGCCGAAAGGUGGUUAUCGCUACAAACAUUGCCGAGACAUCUAUCACCAUCGACCACAUCUACUAUGUCAUCGAUCCUGGGUUCGUCAAGCAAAAUGCAUACGAUCCAAAGCUUGGUAUGGAUUCGUUGGUUGUAACGCCCAUCUCCCAGGCUCAGGCCAAGCAGCGAGCUGGUCGUGCGGGCCGUACAGGACCAGGAAAAUGCUUCCGUCUCUACACCGAAGCGGCGUUCCAAUCCGAGAUGCUACCGACGACUAUCCCUGAAAUCCAGAGACAAAACCUCUCCCACACGAUCCUGAUGUUGAAGGCUAUGGGUAUUAAUGAUCUGCUGCAUUUCGACUUUAUGGAUCCCCCUCCAACCAAUACCAUGUUAACCGCGCUCGAGGAGCUCUACGCCUUGUCAGCAUUAGAUGACGAAGGACUCCUGACGCGACUAGGCCGCAAGAUGGCCGACUUCCCCAUGGAACCCGCCCUUGCCAAAGUGCUCAUCGCCGCAGUCGACCUCGGCUGUUCCGACGAGAUCCUCAGCAUCGUCGCCAUGCUCUCCAUGCCCACAGUCUUCUACCGACCCAAAGACAAACAAGCGCAAGCCGACCAAAAGAAAGCCAAAUUCCACGACCCGCACGGCGACCACCUCACGCUGCUCAACGUCUACAACGGCUGGAAAGCCAACAAAUUCGCCAACCCCUGGUGCUUCGAGAACUUCAUCCAAGCCCGCUCCAUGCGGCGCGCUAAAGACGUCCGCGACCAACUCGUCAAGAUCAUGGAGCGCUACAAGCACCCGAUCGUGUCGUGCGGGCGCAACACGCAAAAAGUGCGACAAGCGCUGUGUAGCGGUUUCUUCCGCAACUCAGCACGCAAAGACCCACAGGAAGGCUACAAAACCCUCAUCGAAGGGACGCCCGUCUAUCUCCAUCCGAGCUCCGCACUCUUCGGGAAACAAGCAGAAUGGGUCAUCUACCACACGCUCGUCCUGACAAGUAAGGAAUACAUGCAUUGCACGUCGAGCAUCGAACCGAAAUGGCUGGUCGAUGCAGCGCCGACGUUCUUUAAAGUUGCGCCGACGGAUAGACUGAGUAAGCGCAAGAAAGCGGAGCGCAUACAACCCCUGUAUAAUAAGUAUGCGGCGGAGGACGAUUGGAGAUUUGGUAUCAAUCAAUCGAUAAAUAUCAAUCAGUUCAGUAGAUAA